AAAAAAAAAAAAAAAUACACACACACUUUACAUAAAAGGAGAAAAACAAACAAUGACUUUAAGCAAAGAAUUUACUAAGCUCAACAUCAAAGAUACCGAAGAAACAACCAGGAGUUGUUCACAGCUUGAGAUCGAUAAUGCUUAUCUUAAGCAGCAAAACCAACACUUAAACAGAGAAUUAUCAUUUGCAAGAUAUACUAUCAAUGCGUUAAAGGGAAUUGCCAACCAAAGAGAUGUAGCUCUUGAUGAAACCAGGCAGGAACUGGAAAAAGCUUUGCAGCACAUCCAACUUUUGACUUGUACCUUGAGACAACAACAAAGAUAUAGCAACCUAUCUGGUAUAGGCCUUGUUCAAGAUACUGAUUUGUCUGACGAUCAAGAGUUGUCUGAAGAAGACGAGUUUGAAGAACAAAAGCAACAACAGCAGCAAGCACAGCAGCAAGCACAGCAGCAACAAGCACAACAACAAAGACGUCGUCCUACCGUCGACAUCAUGUCCAAGCUACCCUUACGUCAACCACCCUCUAUGAUGACGGAUCAGAUUUUCAUGCCCGAACAUCAUCACGUUAACGACGCUCAUAAGGUCCUCUUGCAUUAUUAAGUUGAUGUUGAAUAAAGAUGUUUCAUUGGUUUAUUUUUUUUA